GGUCCGGUCCGGUCCGGGGAGAGGGGACGGUGCUGAUGGCCGCGGGGCGGGCGGCCGCCGGGGGGCUGCGGCUCCGGCUCAGUUCGCGGCUGGCGCUGGUGACAGGCGGUGGGAGUGGGAUCGGGCGUGCUGUCUGCCAGCGAUUCGCCGAUGAGGGAGCUACGGUGGCAGUGGUGGACAUCGAUGAAGGCUCGGCUAAUGAGACUCUGAAGAGCCUGCCUUGCGAUCGGCAGCAGCACUCUGUGUUCCGGACCGAUGUGACCUCCCCUCAGAGUGUCCACAGUCUUGUGUCUUCAGUGCAGGAGAAGUUUUCUCGACCUCCCUGCAUCACCGUGAACUGUGCCGGAAUCACCAUGGAUGACCUGCUGCUGAAAAUGGAGGCUGAAGCUUUCGACCGAGUGCUGAAGGUUAAUUUGAUGGGCACGUUUCUGGUGAUCCAAGCCGUCGCCAAAGCUCUGAUCGCCAGUGGGACCAAGGGGGGCUCCAUUGUCAACCUGGGCAGCAUUGUGGGUAAGGUUGGAAACUUGGGACAGGCAAAUUACACGGCGUCGAAAGCUGGAGUGAUGGCCCUGACGAAGACCAGCGCCAAAGAGCUGGCCAGGUUCGGCAUCAGGUGCAACGCCAUCCUCCCGGGCUUCAUUGACACACCGAUGGCAGCCAAGGUGCCCCCGAAGAUACUGGAAAAGGUUUUGCAGCUGGUGCCCAUGGGACGAUUGGGAGAUCCUUCCGAGGUGGCGAGCGCCUGUGCCUUCUUGGCCUCUGAUGACAGCAGCUACAUCACAGGAGCCAACCUGGAGGUGACAGGCGGGCUUUUCAUGUAACACCGAGCUACGUGUGUCGGAGGCCAAGGGAGACGGAGAAUGGACGACUGGACCAGGGAUUGCGGCAAUGGCUCACUGUUGCUAGGAAUAAGUUUCCCGGGAAUUGGACCGUCUCCCUCCCUUCCUCACCUUUUGGAAUAUCAUUGGAACGUUGUUCCUCAGAAGAUGCCCCUUCUGUGACAUCUCUCAUACUGGGCUGUGUGUCUUUAUGGGCAGGGAGUCUCUGGACUGUGUUCGUCACUGUGCAGAGAAGGCCCGUGAUCAUGAGGCUGUGUACGUUAAACUGGGAGGGUGUCUGAUACUGGGGUGGAACAGACAAGGCUGGAAAUACUCAGCAGAGUGGGGCUUCACCAGUUUGGUCAUCUGAUGAAACGAGUCGAGCUGCUGCCUCUCUAGCGCCAGUGACCCGGGUUUGAUCCUGACCUCUGCUGCACGUUCUCCCUGUGGGUCUCUUCCCACAUCCCAGAGAUGCACAGGAUGGCAGGUUAAUUGGCCGCUGCACAUUGCCCCUAGUGUGUGGGUGACUAGUAUGUUCGUGGGCACGUGGGGAGAAUAGAACGGGGUUAGUGUUAAUGACCAGUGUGAACUCAGUGGGCUGACGGGCCCAUUUCCUUGUUAUCGACCUGAGAAGUGAACUGCUAAUCUCCCCACACACGUUACCUGACCUGCUGAAUAUUUCCAGAAUUCUGUUCUUAGUUCAGAUUUCUAGCAUCUCCUCCAGUUUUGUGCUGAACGAGUGUGUGUGUUUCACCGUGCAGGGAAGAUCUGUGCAUACCUCACUGUCCAGAGCUGGCUACCCCCAUGUCCAACAGCACAUGAUACGUGCUGUCUGCUGGGGCCCCGAGGCUCAGUUCCCAACAAGACUAUUUGCCAUCUGUGAUGCACUGUGCUUUGGUGCUUACAACAGUGCACCUUCUGGAAGCAACAGUCAACUAGUGACCAAUUGAUUAACCGUGUGUAUGCGGGUGUUUACAGUGCACCUUCUGGAAGCAGCAACUAGUGGCUAAUUGAUCAGCUUUCUGUAUAUGGAGGGGGAGGGUCAGUUGGAUCUGUGGGUUCAUGUGGCUCCAUUAUGAAGACUGGGCCAGACUUGAAACUUGUCCCAGAGACAACAGCGGUCCAUUUGCUGCUACAGUAACCAUGGACGAAUGUCACCUCCCUCAGACCCCGCUCUCCUUUUCCAAAGACCCACGGGCACCAGACCGCCUCGCCACACCAGGAGGCACUUGAGGCUGGGCAGCUGCUGGAGUUUGGAGGUGGGCGUGGAGGGGACACGGGCGUCACACGGGGUGGAAUGUCAACCUUUCCUCUGUGUGUGUGUGUGUGUGUGUGUGUGUGUGUGUAGGAAGUGGAUGGGAUCAUGCACAUGGGAAUGUGUCUGCACGUGUGAAAGAGCUGGAUGUUUGCACUGACCAAAGUCUCACACCUGUGCUGCCAGCCUUUGUGUCUGUGUCCAGACUCAGGUUAUUGACUGCUGUCUCCUAACCAUUACCUCUCCAGAUGCCUUAAUUUUAUCCAAUAAACACAGAGCUCCUAA